AUGGAUCAGCAUGCUACAACAAUCCGCCGUAUGCUUGGCGGUCUUACCAUCCCUCAAUUUGCCUUGUUAUCUCCGCGAGACCGCCGCACUCUCUUUCGACAAAACCUCGUGCAACGGCAACCGGUCUUGAUUGAUGAGGCAGAUGAUGAUGGCUCCUUGAACCCCAAAAUUGCUGAUGGUGUCCUCCUACGCCAGCGGUACUUUAUGGGUGAAGAUGAGACCGGCAAGCAGCUGGUGAAGGAGGCUUCUGAUGUGUACUAUGGCGAAAACCAUUUCAACGUGCGGCUGCACUGGCUGCGCGAGUUUAUGACCGACACCCUUGGCGACUAUAAAACGAAGGUGCCUGUUGCUCCGCUGAUCAAAGGCAGCAUUACUGUACUCGUUGACUCAUACGAUGCACUUGAUGACUUCUACCUCCACGAGGAAGGCUGCGAUAGUGACAGUGGGAUAGAUGACCCAAAGAGCGUGCAUUAUCGGCAUGGGACAGGCGAGGCUGCUAGAUGGACACAGAAGCGCCUCCAAGAUAUCUUCCUCUUCACUAACGCACAACAUAUCACGUUAGUGUUGUAUGGCCGCGGUGUUCUGGAUGGCAGCGACCUUGCAACGCAUCAGAUGAUCAAGGAUAUCUCCUAUGUUGUGAAGCUCCUCAUUGAGGAAUUCGGUGAUAGGUUUGCUAUCAAGAAGAUGAUAAGCAGAGGUGAUGAUUAUGAGGGCAAUCAUCCAUCGCGCAGCAUUCGUUCUUACUGGGAUUCCCCCACAGAGAUGGCCAGGGAGGAAGUAAGACAAGGGGAGGCAACCUUUGAGCAGGUUAUGCAGAUAGAGGUGGAGGAGUGGACCCGAGUAUUCCCUAGGACUAUAGGACUAUGGAUGGGACGUGAGAUACUUGUAUGA